AGCAAAAAAACAAAACAAAACGAGGAGGAAAUGGAAUGCGUGGUGGUGGGUUAAUAAAAAUUUCCAAGCCCCCCUAAAACCCACAUCGCAACAGAAAAAUUGAAGCAAAUAGCGAUAAUGGCAGAGGAAGCGAUUUUAGGUUACUUACAGAACCACGAAGGAAUCUCCGAUUCCGGCCAGUUCGCUACUGAUCAUGGACUCGACCACAGCGACGUCGUUAAUGUCAUCAAAAGCCUCCAUGGCUUCCGCUACGUCGAUGCUCAGGAUAUUAAGAGAGAGACAGAUGUGCUUACCGAAGAGGGUGAAAAAUAUGCUGAACAAGGAUCACCUGAAGUUCAGCUUUUCUUGGCUGUACCAGCGGAGGGUAGCAUAUUGAAAGAAGAAUUGCAGAAACUGGUGGAUCCUGCAGUUUUCAAAAUAGGAUGUUCUCAGGCUGCAAAAAAUAAAUGGGUUCAAAUGGGAAAUCAAAUAUCUAGGAAGGUUCAACAUGUGGAAGACAGAAUAAAGGAUCUUCUUUUACAGAUACGAGAUGGACAGGAAAUUGACACAGGUGAUAAGAAGUCUCUCAAAGCUAGAAAGCUUAUUGCUGUGCAAACCUGGAAGGGCUACUCGGUGAGAAAAGGUCCUGAUUAUGCUCCAAUAAGAAGGAGAACUGCAACUGAUUUGACUCGUGAAUAUCUACAGGGGGGUGAUUGGAGGAAUAUAGAGUUCAAAGAGUAUAACUUCAGUGCCAAAGGUCCACCACCUGAAGGUGGCCAUCUUCACCCACUCAACAAGGUGAAAGAGCGACUGAAGGACAUUUUUCGUCUAAUGAACUUUGAGGAAAUGCCUACAAAUAGAUAUGUAGAGAGCAGCUUCUGGAAUUUUGAUGCACUGUUCCAGCCACAACAACAUCCUGCCCGUGAUUCGCAUGAUACCUUCUUUCUUAAAGCUCCUGAAACAACAAAGCAACUGCCUGAAGAUUAUGUUGAGCUGGUGAAACGUGUGCAUGAGUCUGGUGGCUAUGGGUCAAGGGGAUAUGGAUAUGAUUGGAAAAGAGAAGAAGCAAACAAAAACCUUUUGCGAACUCAUACGACUGCAAUUUCUUCUCGGAUGCUUUAUGCGGUAGCACAGCUUGCAAAACAGCAAUCGUUUACCCCCAAAAGGUACUUCUCCAUAGAUCGAGUUUUCAGAAAUGAAGCAGUAGAUCGAACUCAUCUAGCAGAAUUCCACCAGAUAGAAGGUCUGGUGUGUGAUCGAGGGCUUACUCUAGGUCACUUGAUUGGAGUGUUGCAGGACUUCUUUUCACGUUUAGGCAUGGACAAGCUGAAAUUCAAGCCUGCAUAUAAUCCAUAUACUGAGCCUAGCAUGGAGAUUUUCAGUUAUCACGAAGGCCUUGGGAAAUGGGUGGAGAUUGGUAAUUCUGGCAUGUUUAGACCUGAAAUGUUGCGUCCUAUGGGAUUCUCAGAAGAUGUUAAUGUUAUUGCAUGGGGCCUUUCGCUUGAAAGACCAACCAUGAUAUUAUACGGGAUCGAUAAUAUCAGGGAGCUUUUUGGACACAAGGUGGAUCUUGCCCUCGUCAAGAGAAACCCUCUCUGCCUUAUUGGGAUUCAGUAGAUUAUGAAAUGCUUCUGUCUUUCCUGUGUUGUAUCUUAAGUUUUUCACUGACGACGGCUGAGGCUGUAUUCAUUUGGCAUCGCCAAUUACGGGCUAGUCUUCAAUUGUUUUGUACUCUUUAUCAGAAAUAGCAGCAAUAAAUUCUGCGUUUUGAACCUAUCCCGCUGUGCUAGCGUGGUAGUAAACUUUCCCA